UAUUUGUUAAGAUCCUUGGCGAAUUGUUACUUUCCACUUUUGAGAAAGAUUGCCUUUGCUUUUUGAAAUAAUCCUUCCAAAUUCCUUGCGAAAUGUCACUCAGUCACACUUAAAUUAUCGCUUGAUGACGUGGUACCUGAAUGAACUUUUUGUGGUCACGGUUCAUUGUUUUCGUUCUAAUUAAUUUCGUAUAUAGACUGUGAUCUAGCUAGGUAGGCAUAUUUCAUAAAGAACAUUUCGUGUCGUGUUGAAAGAGAACCACAAGCUAAACAUCCACUGAAAAUCUCGCCAUGAACGUAACUGAAUCUAAAGCGGAAUCAUCAUGUGCCAUGACCGAGAUGGUUUGGAAGCAAGAAUACCUGGGGGAAAAAAUAGCCUUCGCCAUGACAGCCACAAUCUUGAACAUCCUAAGCUUUCCUGUGACGAUCGUGAUGAAUGUGCUGGUGAUAAUGGCGGUGAAGACAAGACCCAGAUUGCAAAGUAACUAUAACAUUUUGCUGGCCUGUUUGGCUGGAACAGACCUGUUAGUAGGAGCCGCUUCACAGCCAAGUUACAUCGUGGGGCAGAUUUAUGUCAUAAAAGGAAUAUCUCUGUCGGAAUACUGCAGAUACCACAAGCUGACCAAUCUUCUGGUCUUAUGUCCUAUUUUUGCAUCCGUGUUACAUCUGACACUAAUUAGUAUUGAACGAUUUGUGGCUAUGAAGUAUACUUUUCGUUAUAUAACAAUUGUUACAGGGCUUCGCUUAAAAAUAGCCGUUGUUAGUUCCUGGGUGUUCGCAUUUUGCCCAGUUAUUCUGCGAAGUCUUUCUGAAAAGUUGGAAUUUAUUUCCUCGGUCGUAGCUGUAAUGGUUUUAUUUCUCAACAUUUUGCUAAUACUUUUCUGUCACUUAUCGGUUUACUUUGUAACCCGUCGUCACGAGAAACAAAUUAAGAGUGAACAAGUUUCACCACAAGCUGCUGCAGACUUCGCAAAGGAGAAAAAAGCUCUGAAAACUACCAGGAUAAUUAUAAUGGCUUUGCUUGUAUGUCUUUUUCCCCUGUUUAUGUAUGUUUUUCUUUGGUUCGCCUUUUCUAAGAGUAGUAGUUAUACUGGGAACGUAAUAAUUUUGUCUCAUCCGGUUUUCAUCUGGUUGUCAUCGCUGAAUUCUCUGUGCAAUCCGAUCAUAUACUGCUAUAGAAAUAAGAUGUUUCGAAAGGCAUGCAAGGAGCUGCUUAGAAUGAAGUGCACGAACUUUAACGAGGAGUAA